AUGUCUUCUCAGCGCAGGAGGGGUCGGGGCAAACGUCCUCGGGACGAGAGCCCACACUCAACCACCCAUCAAGGCUUUACCACAGACACCCACCAAUCGGAAUCUACUCUAUCAUACUCGGACUCGGGUGUCUACCAAGGUCAAUCGUUACAAAGUCCCAUUUCAAUUGGCCCUGCCUUUUCGCAGGCUCAGAUACUUUCUCCCCGGAAUGUCACUCAUGCUCCGCCUGGGAAGGUUGCAAUCCCAGCUUUGAGGCAACCACAAGUGGCAGAUUCGUCUCAAGAUCACAAGAAGGGAAGAACAUCACACGCAUGUGACCAUUGCCGCAAAGCAAAGGCAGGAUGUACUGGAGGUCAACCAUGUGUGAGAUGCAAAAAUGCAAACAUUUCUUGCGUGUACGGUGAUGGGAAGCGGGACAGGGAACGAAAGAAACUGUCACAGUUGAGCAAUGAGGCAAAUACCCUUAAUCAGCACAACUUGGACAUAAUCGAGGCACUUCGACGCAUUCAACUAAAUACAACACUAUCGUCGGAAAGCAUGAGGACAGCUAUCAAUGAAGUUCUGUCAAUGACUCCUCCCACACACAACUCCCUAACAGAAGUCGAAGAAGCUCCUCUCGGAUCUUCCCAAUUCUCACCCGAACCCGAAGAACUCGAAGGGGAAGAUCAAGACUCGGAUGUAGGAUCAACUGGCUCGCUAGACGCAGUCAAUGUCGAUACCGACCGAGAUGAGACGAGAGCUACAGGUCAUCUGGGCAAGGCAUCUGCUGUUGCUUGGGCUAAAAGAACAGCUCAGGAAUGUGAUACCAAGUCACAGAAGAAGACAGCACUUGGCACACACGAAACAGGCUACACGUUGGCUUCAUAUCAUACUGAAGAUGAUGAUGUAGAGUUUAUAGACCUGAGUAAUGUGAGUGCCUUUGAUUGGCCUGAUUACGAGGCAGCAAAUACUCUUGUGGGACUUUAUUUCGAUAGCGUGCAUAGCAUUCUUCCUCUUUUGGAUCGACAACAAUUUACAACGAGGUACAACAAUUUUGCCAGAGGGACAAUGAACCUUUCAUCGGAUGAUUCAGUAUGGCUUGGAAGUUUGAAUCUCGUAUUCGCCAUCGGCGCUGUCUAUGGGCAGCUUACGAAACGUCACGAUCGAGGCAAUCACCAAGAUCAUCUGUUCUAUUUCAAAAGAGCCAAGAUGCUGUGCUUGGAUGACGACCUCCUUUUUCGAGAUGCAAGGGUGUCUACAUGUCGUAUGUUAGGACUGCUAUGCUUCUACUUUAUCUCUACCUGUAGACUGAACAGAGCUUGGACCAUUUGUGGUCUUGCAAUUAGGCAAGCUAUAACUCUGGGAUUACAAGUUCGAAGCCACGUAGAAGGCCUCAGCGAUUACGAAAAGGAGCAACGAGUCCGGCUGUGGUGGGCUCUUUAUACCCUCGAAUGCCUCUUGAAUGAGUUGACUGGUAGACCAAGUUGUGUAUCCGAUCAGGAUAUCAGUGCACCUCUUCCUAUCAACAUGAACGAAGAUGAAUUCGACUCCAGCUCGUUCAUAAGCGAAAGAAGCUCCUUUUCAAGUCAUUUUAGUCAUCGAGCCUCGAAAGAUUCUCGGGGUUCAGACACUCGUCCUACCGCGACGUAUCAGAUGCCAACCGGGAUUGCCCAAGCCUUAAUAUACAAAUUUCCUCCUCUUUCACUUCCAACUACAACUUCCACUUACUUCAUCUAUCGCAUCCAACUUUGCAUCGUAGCUCACGAAGUAGUAACACAGCUCUACUGUGCCGCAACAACCAAAGCGAAGUGGUCCGAAGUUCAAGAUACGAUCCGACGUAUCGAUCGUCGUCUCCUCUCUUGGUGCGAUACCCUCCCACAGGAAUUCAGCAUCAUCUUCGACAAAUGGACUGAACCAGAUUGGAACGAUCCCUACAUCUUCCAACGUCUAGGCCUCGCAAUGAUCUUCAACUCAUCCCGCAUGAUCCUCUACCGACCCUGUCUCUGCCGCUUCGAACGCCGAGUCGAAUCCCACUCCAAACGAUCCCAAGACUUCAACCAAGAAGGAGCAGAGAAAUGUAUCCACUCAGCACGAACCAUGAUCUCCCUAAUGCACUGGUCCGCUUCCAGCGUCGAAAAACUCUACGCUAUCACCCCCUGGUGGAACACCCUCCACUACCUCUGCGAAGCCCUCUCAGUCCUCAUGCUCGAGAUGGCUUUCCAAGCUCAACACCUCCCCAACGAAGCAGCCUACAUCCUCGAUGACGCCAAGAGCGGCAUCCGCUGGCUGCGUACCAUGGCUGGUGAAUCCGUCUCUGCUCGAAAAGCGUGGGAGAUCUUCGAUUGCCUGAUCCGUCUCGUUGCUCCUAUGAUCAGUUGGAGCGUCUUCGAUAUGCCAACCGAAGCGCCCAUCCCGGCAGGAUACAACUACGGACGCUUCACCUCGGCAGCAGCGAUGCCGAGUAGGAGACUGAAUGCUGCGAAUCUGCAUGAGUUUCAGUCGGGGAGCAACAUCGUCGAUCAACCGGCCGCGACGACGGCGUGGAACCAAGACCAGAAUUUCGUAGCGUUUUCGGCUCCUAGUGAUGAGCAGGCGGGAUUUGGCUUCGCGGGCGGUGGACAGGGAUUUGAGCAAGUGAGGAACCCGUUGGAUCAUGGGACGGCGGUGGAGUUGUUUGGGAGUAUCGGGCGCGUGCAUGGACAUUAUGAUGAACCGUGGCAGCAUAUGUUUGGUGGUGGUGGUGGUGGGGGAGGAGAGGAGAUUGAGGAGAGUGGGGUUGGGGAGCCGGAUCAGGGGAUUAUUGGGCCGGGUGGGUUUGAGGGGUUUGGUGGUCAGGGUCAGGAGGAGGGGGGGGUUGGGUUUUGAUUUUUGAUGAGAAUUGGGAAUGGGAGGUGGGGUCUUGGGGAGGGGAAUCUUGGUAAUAAAAGUGAGCGAGCGUUUGUUUUUGAUGGUAGAGAGGGAUUGAUGAAUAAUGACAGUAUUAUUAUUCAGCUAAUAGUGUUAGUAAUAAAUAGUGUUAGUAGUGUGGAGACAUGUAG